AUGAACGCCGCCCAGACUGGAAUCGAGAACCUCGACCUCGAGAAGCUCAACGACAAGGAUAAGACGGAGUUGCGGCAGUUUCUUGCGAAUGAGCAGCAGCGAUCGCAGAUUCAGGCUCAAACACACAACCUGACGCAGAUUUGCUGGAAAAAGUGCGUCACUGGAAAUAUCAAGGGAUCGAAGCUGGAUAAGGGCGAGGAAGGGUGCUUGGCCAAUUGCGUGGACCGAUUUUUGGAUAUCAACUUUUUGACGAUGAAGCACCUCAACAAUAUGCGGUCAUAA